AUGUGUAGGGUUAGAGGAAAAAGCAGGAAGCAAACUGUUACAUCUCAUAAAGAUGUUGGGAGUGAAAAAGAGGAGAUAUUUCUGGACUCUAAGCGAAGAGGAAGGCCACAGAAACCAUUGAAGGAUGAGGUUGAAGAUGACGAGGUUGAGAAGAAGAGGUCGUUUCAAGCUAAAGAUUGUUCGGAUUGUGUCAAGGAGGAAAUUGGCUUAAAAACCAAUUCUGUUGUUAAAGAUUCUGCAAAAUCAGUAGGGUUUAGGCAAAAUGGAAGCAGACGAAAAAAUAAGCCUCGUCGAGCUGAAGUUGGUGUAGAAUGCAAUUGA